GAUCACGCCGGUUUGAGUUUGGUUAUGUUUGGUGAGCGUUGUUGAUCGUUAUCAUCCGGUCGGUUGAAACUUUUUCGAGGGCGGUGUGGUUUGUUGUUGUUUUGAAACAGUGCACUGUGUGUAGUGCAUUGGCACCCGUUUUUACGCAAUGGCCUACGUCGAUCGAAAAUAAUUGCGUUGCCUCCUUGUUCUGGGCGACUGUUUUCUGGGUAGGUAACAGUGCUCUAGUAUCGUAUCUUGCAGUGCGUGAGUUGGUGGUUUGUUUUGAUUUAUUAUCAAUGCGCGAUCAUCUAACAACGUCUAGGGUGACCAUGCAAAAGCAUAUUCCUCAAAUGAAUGGGAUUAGUUGUUGGUGAAUCCGAGAAGUGAUGGCUUUGUCGAUUGAUCUUUCGAGUUAAAUUGUGGAACACACUACAUACGUUGUCUCCGAGGGUCUCCUCGCGUCGUGUGUGCUGUGCAACGGUUUUAAUUGAGUAAUAACCCGCAGCAAAUUGAAUAAAUCUAUCAUUGAAAUCGUGCCAUGAAGGAGUUGCAGAAAUACAAACGAAGACCUGUUACACGGCAAACUAAUGAAGAUAACGCGCGGUGGUCGUUUGAAGAAUCUACCAGAGUUAAGCAACAAGUUCUUAGCGGAAACGAAGAUAACGAAAGAAAGUGAAAGACGGAAACAACCAUACUGGAAUCGCUGAACCUGUGAAGUUCAGUGAUGGAAACCCGUAAUUGUAGCGACUAGGAAAAAACGAACUCCUACCCUUUGUGUUGCAUAAAUCGGUAAUUGAACUCAGUGGCGUUGCGGAAGUAUAAUAAUUGCAGGAUUGAGAAGAAAGUGAUAGUUGGAGAAGUGACGGAUGAAGAAAUAGUCAAUGAAUCAUCGACAGCUGAAUAAUCUUCGAUUGGUGGUACGGUGGCAGCGAACCCGUUUCAUAAAGUUCGGAUAAAUUUUGGAUAAGUGCAAAAACACAUGUAAUGAUGGGUGCCCUAGGGCUCCGGUUUUGGUGGUCAUGUCACCAAAUAUUGGUGCUAGCUCUGAUAAUGGAACCGGUGGUCUGCAAUCAUGUUCAACAGCACAAUGCGUCAAACUCAAAAGACUGCUCGACCUUGAAUCCAGCGUGUAUCCGGUGCAACGAACGCGGCUGCAUCAAGUGCUCCGAAUUGCUGCGAAUUGAUACUCGUGAAUGUCUCGAUGAUUGUCCCAGUGGCUACGUGGGCCAGUGGUCGACGUCGUCCGAAUUCAUGGGCCGCGUAUGCUAUCCGGUGGGAUUGUCCGGAUCCUUCAUGGCUACCGUGGUUGGCGUAGCUGUUGGGGCCGUGGUUUGUCUGGUGCUCAUAGUUGGAGCCAUGGCCGUAAUAAGACGGAAGCAGAAGCGCAAAAAGUACCGCGAAACCUUCAUCGAUGACAAUAUUGACCGGUUGGAGUUCUACAAACAGCUUGAUGAGCUAAGACCUCAAGCGGAGUAUUUUUUGCAGAUGUUAAACGACACUAGGCGGCAAAUCAGAAAGCUUCAUCUAGCGGGGGACAGCUCAGGGGCUGCCACCUAUCAUCCGGUAGUCCGGGACCUAGCUAAAAUCCUAAUACUGCUCAACAAACCGGUCGAGCUCAUCAGUUGUCCUCCUCACGAUUGGCAACGUUUGUACGUAUGGGCAGAAAAAGUCCUCGAUCGCUAUAAACCCGAACUGACCCAGCUGAUCGAGUUCCUCCAGCAGCCAUCGAUACCGCCAUCGACCUCGGAUCCCCGACUCGGGACCAGUGAACAUUCCACCUUCAAGGCCAAGUUCAGCACCAUGCUGUGUGAUGAUCAUUCGCCCACGCUCAGUGCCAAAAACCAGCGCAACUUGCUGCAACCGGAAUCGGCAAGUCUCGGAGGCCAUCAGGAGCCGCAGAACCAGCAGAAUCAUUUUCUAGGUUCUCUGAUCAGUCUACACGAAUUUGAUGAGCGAUCGAGUUCAUCGCACCACGAUACCAGUGGCAAUAGCAGUAAUCCCUUCGGGGAUACCUUCGAUCACGUCCGGUCGUACCUUUCGACGUCGGGGAUCAACGAUAGUUCCCUCUGGUUGCAGGACGAAUUUUUCAAACUCGGGUUUCGACCACAGGACGAAAUUACUACCGAGCUUUGAAUGACGAAUCGUGUUCCCCGGGUUGGGACGAUCUAUACAUAGUCUUUACGUUUUGAUGUACCUAUUGUAAAUAGAAAAGUAUUGACUUCAGCGUACGAUAUGAUAUAUCCCCGUUGCAAAUGAUUCAAUCACACGAAACUAGUCAAAGUAAAAAAAUACAUAUUUGUAAUGUGUUUUGUUCAGUAUAUUGAGCUUCCCAAUUUAUUUUCGGUGGUUAGUGAAGCAAUUGUAACAUACCAGUAAAGUACGCCGGUAAAAUUACGGACGCUUUGUAAAAUAUUCCAAACCACCUAGUGAGAAAAAGUAGUUUGUAUCAUUUAUUUUACGAUAGUAAUAAUCUAUUUAACGGACAAUUUUCUUGAUGAUAAGAGUCUAAAACGAACCUUACCUUCCAUAAGUGCAAAUCUGUACCGAAACAGACAACUAUAAGACAUCGAAUCAAUAAAU